GGAGGGACCCUGCCUUACUCAGCGUGGGUCUUGGUCAGCUGGAGGCAGCGUCAGGCAGCAGCUCCUCUCCCGGCACCUAUCCAGGGAGUGUGCUGUAUGGAGCAGCUAGGAAAAGGACAUGUGACAAGAGAAAGCAGGUACUUGCUUGAGGGUAGCAAAGUUUGCAGCAAACAUAAAAUGGCUUGAAGAAAAUAAAGAAUCAGGCCAGAGUCUUUGAUCUUUUCCCUUGUAAUACUAUUGACCUCCCAGUGACAGUUAACACUAAUGGCAUCCUCCUUUUUACUCUUGAGGAAAAAUUGUUCCUGAGUACUGUGGACUGCAAGAUCAGAUCCCAUGAGAGGCUGUGAGUGACAGCAGGUGACAGGCUGACAGCUCACACUUGUGUCACAGAGAAGCUCCAUGAUAACAGCAGAAAGUCAUCUUAUCAGCUGCUGGAGAACACCCUGAGCAGAGAGGACAUACAAUACCUUCUUUAUGAUUUUAAAUAUUGAUCAGCGUUAGUAAUACCUGUGUGUUGUUACAGAAUGUCUUGUGAUAGUGGAGAAACUGUUGGGCACCCGAUGUAUAACCGCUGUGGACAGGUUCGAGGUUCCACUUCCCAGCUUAGCAGUCUGAAUGGAAAUAGGAAAUCUGCAGCAUUGCUGGAAGUCAGGGGGAACCUAAGCAAUAUGCAGUAUUCUUCUGUGGCACUGGAUCCAGAAAACCUGGUGAAUAAUGGAUCUGGGAUUCCCCGUAACCCUGAGGAAGGCACAAAAGCUGCAGCCUCGCCAGAAAGUGAAGUCCGCAGGGCCUGUACAACAAAGUGUUUCCAUAGCCAUUAUUUAACUAAAACUAGUACGCAGGGAGACGUCUACAACUUCCUGGAGAGGCCCAGUGGAUGGAAGUGUUUUAUCUAUCAUUUUACUGUAUUUCUCUUGGUGCUGAUUUGUUUAAUAUUCAGUGUACUGUCUACUAUAGAGCAUUAUUCUGAAUUUGCCACUGGGACCCUUUUCUGGAUGGAAAUAGUUCUGGUUGUGUUUUUCGGUGCUGAAUAUGUGGUCCGAUUGUGGUCUGCAGGCUGCAGGAGUAAGUAUGUUGGCUUCCAGGGAAGAAUACGGUUUGCCAGAAAGCCAAUAUCAAUUAUCGAUCUAAUUGUGGUAGUAGCCUCAAUUAUUGUUCUGAGCAUAGGAUCUAAUGGGCAGGUGUUUGCUACCUCUGCAAUAAGGGGGAUCCGGUUUCUCCAGAUACUUCGCAUGCUUCAUGUAGAUCGACAGGGUGGCACCUGGCGACUGUUAGGAUCAGUUGUUUUCAUACAUCGUCAGGAACUCAUAACCACGUUGUACAUUGGAUUCUUGGGAUUAAUCUUUUCAUCCUAUUUUGUUUACCUUGCUGAGAAGGAUGCAGUUGAUGAGGAUGGAAAGACAGGUUUCUCCAGCUAUGCUGAUGCCCUUUGGUGGGGUGUGGUAACAGUCACAACAAUUGGUUAUGGAGACAAAGUUCCCCAGACAUGGAUUGGGAAGACAGUAGCUUCCUGUUUUUCAGUAUUUGCUAUAUCUUUCUUUGCUCUGCCAGCGGGUAUUCUGGGGUCUGGUUUUGCACUGAAAGUACAGCAGAAGCAACGUCAGAAGCAUUUCAACAGACAAAUCCCAGCUGCCGCAUCUCUAAUUCAGACUCUAUGGCGGUGCUACGCAGCUGAGAAGUCCUGCAGUUCUACAGCAACAUGGAAGAUCUAUGUUACAUCACCGGUGCAAAAUCCCAAAAAACCACCAGCGCCAUCUAGCCCUAGUCUGAGAAAACAGGCUAGAAGAUACAAAAGAAAAGGGAAACUAGGCUGUGGUAAUGGUUCUGCACCUGUAAUAAACCCAGGAGAGAAUGCCUUGUCUGUUCCACAGAUCACUUACGAUCGUGUUGAUGAACAAGAAGACAAAAAAGAUGUGUCUUUCUACAUUGGUGAAUCAGGAGUGAAAAGACGCCUAGAAAGGAAUAACCAAGAAAUGUCACGGGCCAACAGCUUCACUGAUGACAUUGACCUUUUAUCAGAAGAGUCGACACUGCCAGCUGUGUCUGAUGUGGCACAAUUAACUGAAGCACAUCGAACAGCUGUAAAAGUCAUCAGGAGAAUGCAGUAUUUUGUAGCCAGAAGAAAAUUUCAGCAAGCUCGGAAACCGUAUGACGUACGUGAUGUGAUUGAGCAGUACUCACAAGGACACCUCAAUAUGAUGGUUCGGAUAAAAGAACUUCAAAGAAGAUUGGACCAUUCUUUGGGAAAGCCAGGCCUUUUCCUCCCAGAAAAAGGGGUAGACAAAGGAUACUAUACUGUAGGAGCCAGACUGAUCCGGCUAGAGGAUAAGGUCAUGCAGAUGGACCAGAAGCUAGAUGACAUCCUGAACAUGCUCCAGGCUCAGUUCGGGGAUCAGCCACAGGCACAGAUGUCAGGGUCAGCCACCCCACCUGUCAGACAGCCACAGACAACCUCGGAUUCCCCCCCAGUGAACCGGAAAAUUUGAAAGCCGGAGGACAGCCACAUGCCACCCUCUCAUUCUUUUACAUCCAGUUAUUUUUAAGUCCUGGUGUCUCAGGAUUCGGCUGUGUCGUGGGUGAAAUGAAAUAUUCUGCCGCAGUAGAUUAAAUAAAAAAAGUUUUUAAAAAAAAAAAAAACAAGAAGAAGCAGCAAGGAGCCAGUCAUGACCCUAGGAGAGCACAUAAGUUUUGCACCUGUUUUAUUAGCCAUCGCUAGCCAACCUCUGUCAGCCCAUGGUGCUCCCAUGCAGCCAGCCCCAUUUAGGCUGACCGCACACGGCACGCAGUUGAGGUAAGCAUCCGAGCGAGGGUUAGGACGACCCAUUCAUGGGCACAGAAGGGGAAAAGGACUGGGGUUUUGGCAUUUAAUCACUAAGUUUAAUGCUCACAGCAUGCCCAAAAGGGGGAAAAGAGCCAGCAUUUGAACAUGAAACAAAUUGAAAUCAGUGAACAGGAAAAUUAAACAGCAUGUUUUGACUUCUACCAAGCAGUGAGGAUCAUAAGAAGGGCAGAUUUAUAUGCUAGUGCGAAUGACAAAGUAAAGACAACAGGCUACUGAUUAAAAAUAUGGAAGUGUACACAGGCUGGUUGACAUAUGAAAGACUGAAGCAAAGACUUCAGCUAAUUAAAGCAAAGGUUGCAAAUGAGAUGAGAUGCAUGUUGGAACAGACAGGCAAGAGAGAUAGUAUCUGCGUAGGCUUACUGCACAAGAACACUGUAAUAGCUAUCAGCUACGCUGAUGACUGUUAUGCAAAAUGUUCUCAAGCUUUUACCUUCAUUCAGCAGUGGUUGUUGACUUCAGUUGCCUUAAUUUUAACAUAAGAAACCUGUAUGUAAUUGGCUGUGAAAUAUCUGUAAAGCUCGGUUCAAGUCACUGAGUAACAGGGUGCUGCAGGAGGGCUGCAGCUGUGAUUCAGAAUGGCAGCGUUUCUUAAAGAAAACAAAAAUGCACAUACUGUUGAUGAAAGUUAAUCGCUGUUUAAAUAAACUGCUGUAUAUAAUUUUAAAUGCUAGAUUUUUUUUUUUCAUUGUAAUCUGGUUGUAAAUCGAGUGCAUAUGCUGGCUGAUACACUGUCACUGUGAAAUGGAUCUUACCUGGCACUCCAGAAAAGGGACGAUACAACACUGUUGCUAAAUAUGUAAAUAAUAAACCCAGCUAAAAAGGGUGCAGUGUUAUUUAGUCAAGUCUUUUUAAUAUAUUUGCAUAACCAACCAUUUGAAUGAGCAGAAGUCUGCAGAGCAAAGACGUGAUUCCUGGGAAAUC